UCGAGGCGUUAAUAGAAGAGUUAGGUGACGCAUGAUGUAUUUAUCAUUAGGGGGCGCCAUGGUGCACUGCUUCCUCAUCCACACACUGUGUCCCAUUGGUGUGCUGUCCGCUGGGGGGAGCCGGGUCUUGUUCUCGCAUGUGUUUGGUCCAGAGGACACAGUUGUGUUUGCACCAGACCGUGACCUGGGUCCAGAGGAGAGACGCCUGCUUCAGAAGGAGAAGCUUGCUGUGGUGGCUAGGCAGGUGCAGAGCGCAUGUGCCCUGUUGCGUGAGGCUGCGGGACAGCCUGCCAUGGAGGCGGGGCUAGGCGAGGAGUUGGUGGCACUUCAGGAGGCGGAGAGUGGGGUGUUGCGGCUGGCUACAGGGGACCCCUUCCCCAGGGAACGCAGUGUGCUCUGGCUGGCUGUGCAGGCCCUGGGCUUCACGCUGGUCUGCGAGCCCCAUGAGAACCUGCUACUGGCUGAGGGAACCCUACGCAGCCUGGCACGCCACUGUCUGGAGAACCUGCGCAUGCUAGGCCCAGGGAGCGAGGUUCUGCUAAAGAGUGACCGCAUAGAGGCCCUGCUGCACCGCCUGCUGCCCCAUGGACAGCUCCUCUUCCUCAACCACCGCUUCACCCACAGCCUGGAGAAAGAGCUGGCUGCAUACAUGGCCAAAUGAGCACGAUGUGGGGUGGGGCCAAACUCUAACACCACACCCCUCAGAUCACUGACAGAGAGGGGAGAGGACUCUGAUUGGCGGGCGUUAAUAAGAAGUACACAGGAAGUACUCAAGGUCACAAGCUGUUGUGCUCAAGCAUCUGUGGAAUCACUUUUCCUGUCCCUGUGGUGUCCCCAGGCAGUUUUAAUGAGGAGGACCUGCCACAAUGCCUUUAGGCGAUCAGACUGCCAAGGCAGAAUCCACUACAUGUCAGAUAUAAGCACUGAGCAGCAGUGGAAGUUGUAAAUUGUCACUCUAGUAUUUGGUGUUGCAUCAAAUUAAAUAGG